UGGUAUUUAGGAUGCUGGUGCUGGUAUUUAGGAUGCUGGUGCUGGUAUUUAGGAUGCUGGUGCUGGUAUUUAGGAUGCUGUGCUGAUAUUUAAGGUGCCAGUGAUGGUAUCAGGAUGCUGGUGAUGGUAUUUGGGGUGCUGGUGAUGGUAUUUGGGGUGCUGGUGCUGGUAUUUAGGAUGCUGGUGCUGGUAUUUAGGAUGCUGGUGCUGGUAUUUAGGAUGCUGGUGCUGGUAUUUAGGAUGCUGGUGCUGAUAUUUAAGGUGCCAGUGAUGGUAUCAGGAUGCUGGUGAUGGUAUUUGAGGUGCUGGUGAUGGUAUCAGGGUGAUGGUAUUCAGGGUGCUGGUGCUGGUAUUUUUUAGGGUAACGGUGCUGGUAUUGGGGGUGCCUUGAUGGUGCCAGUGGCAGUGCCAGGGUGCCGGGUCACUGAGGCCGUGCCCUCUGCCCGGCAGGACGGGGGCGAUGGCGUCGGACGAGCGGCUGGCCCGCUUCCGCCAGGCACACCUGAACCCCUUCAACAAGAGCCCCGAGCAGCCGGAGCGCCCCGACGGAGAACCCCCUGCCCCAGCCCAGCAGCCGGAUCCCACCCCCGGGGACCCCGAGGGCGCCCUGGACCUGGGGCUGGCCGAGGACCACUUCUCCCGCCCCGUGGGGCUGAUCCUGGCGUCGGACGUGCCGCAGCUGCGCCGCGCCAUCGAGGAGUGCAAGCGGCUGAUCCUGGCGCUGCCCGAGCACUCGGAGCGGCAGAAGGACGCCGUGGUCCGGCUCAUCCACCUCCGCCUCAAGCUGCAGGAGCUGAAGGACCCUGGUGAGGAUGAGCCCAACAUCCGCGUGGUCCUGGAGCAUCGUUUCUACAAGGAGAAGAGUAAGAGCGUCAAGCAGAUGUGUGACAAGUGCAGCACCAUCAUCUGGGGGCUCAUCCAGACCUGGUACACCUGCACAGGCUGCUACUACCGGUGCCACAGCAAGUGCCUGCCGCUGGUGAGCCGGCCCUGCGUGCGUGCCCAGGUGAGCCACCAGGCCGAGUACCAGCUCAGCAUCUGCCCCGAGAGUGGGCUGGACAGCCAGGACUACCGCUGUGCCGAGUGCCGGGCCCCCAUCUCCCUCCGGGGGGUGCCCAGCGAGGCCCGGCAGUGCGACUACACCGGCCUCUACUACUGCUCCAGCUGCCACUGGAACGACCUGGCCGUGGUGCCCGCCCGUGCCAUCCACAACUGGGACUUCGAGCCCCGCAAGGUGUCACGGUGCAGCAUGAGGUACCUGGCACUGAUGGUGUCACGGCCGGUGCUGAAGCUGCGGGAGAUCAACCCACUGCUCUUCAACUACGUGGAGGAGCUGGUGGAGAUCCGGAAGCUGCGCCAGGACAUCCUGCUGAUGAAGCCCUACUUCAUCACCUGCAAGGAGGCGAUGGAGGCGCGGCUGCUGCUGCAGCUGCAGGACCGGCAGCACUUUGUGGAGAACGACGAGAUGUACUCGCUGCAGGACCUGAUCGACAUCGAGGCCGGGCGCCUCGGCUGCUCCCUCACCGAGAUCCACACGCUCUUUGCCAAGCACAUCAAGCUGGACUGCGAGCGAUGCCAGGCCAAGGGCUUCGUCUGUGAGCUGUGCCGGGAGGGCGACGUGCUCUUCCCCUUCGACAGCCACACCUCGGUCUGCGCCGACUGCUCGGCCGUCUUCCACAGGGACUGCUACUACGACAACUCCACCACCUGCCCCCGGUGCGCCCGGCUGAGCCUGCGGAAGCAAUCCUUGUUCCAGGACUCCGGCACGGAGGCGGAGCCCUGAGGGGGGGUCUGGCCCCAUUGUGGGGUCUCAGGCCCAAGACUGCCCCCCACUCUCCACGGGGCUCUGGGAUGGACACAAUCAGCCCAGUGGUGGCUUGGGGACUGGGGUGGCCCUGGCUCUGGGAUCCUCUGCUCAUGGACAUGGCAGCGCUGCCGGGAGGGAACCGCUGCUGGACCCCAGCCACUGCCGGGAGCGUGGAGAGCCUCACCGGAGGGGCCAGGAUGGGGUUAACGGAUCCGGGAAAGGCCCACAGCGGCUCCUGCCCUCCCUGCCGGAACCGGGCUGCGGGCCGGGAUGGGCGCAGGCCGGGGCCGGCGCUGCCCUGUCCUGCAGUGACGGUGACAGUGACAGGAACUCAGCCCCGGCACCGGGACGGGACCGAGUCCCUCCCACACACGAUACUGGGCUCUGGUCCCUCCCCGGCCCACGGCACCGCCGUUACCGGGGCCGAGCCCCGGCGGGGAUGCUGCGGGAUCUUCCCCGGGCUGGGGCGGGCGCGGGGUGGAGCCGCUGCCUCCCUUCUCCCCGCUGGUUCCUGUAGCAUUAACGAGCCUCUCUGCACAACCCA